UAAGAGCAUAGAGAGCUUGCAGAGAUUAACAAAACAAUAAUCUCUCUCUCUCUCUCUCUCUCUCUCUCUCUCUCUCUCAAACACACACACACACUCUUCCACUGAAAUCUGGCGCAAUUCGGUUGUAGAGAGGAGAAAAGUGUGAAGGGGACCCACCACUUUGUUCCUCAAACGUCUUUCAUUUUGGAAUUAAUUGAACUCUCUUUCUCUCUCUCUAUCUCUAUAUAGCUGGAUUAUUCUCUCAAACAUGGCACCACGGUGAUGCGCUUCUCACGUUUCUCUGCUUUUUGUUUUGUUUUUAUUAUUAUUCCCUUUUGAAUACACCCUGUUUGGUGCCAAGAACAUAGGAAAAGGAAAGUUUUGGUUUUUAACCAUUUAGACAAUUGUUGCUUUUGUGGGGUGCCGGGUUUUUCAUGUUGUAUGAGUUUAUUUGAUCCGGGGCUGCAGGAUUUGAUCUAUUGGUAUGUGGGGGUUUUGAUUGAUUCUCAUCAAUUUUGGAGGUAUACCCAUGUGGCAGAACAGAAUAGUAUGAUAUGCUUGUUUUUGAUCUGGUUUUGCCUUGAAAGGUGAGAAUUUUGAUGAUGCUUUUGAGGUUUGGUUAUGUAUGUGAAGGCACAAGAAGAGUAGACAGAUCUUUUAGAUUUGUUUAGAUUAGAAACUUAGAAUAGAGGAACAAAAAUGCAAUCUAGGUUGGAGGAAGUGAAGGACCCUUCUGCAGCAAGAAUUAGUUCUUCUAGGCCCUUCCCUGUGAGGCUUCUGCAGUUCUUCUUGCUGUUUUUGGUUAUAGGCAUAGGUGCUUCGUUUCUUAGUAUGUACAUGAUUCGCCAUUUUGGUAUUCACAAUGUUGCUCUGGUGCAAUCCACCUUUAGGCCUUGUUUUCAGACACCAGGAACCAUAGAGAGUUUCAUUAUGCCUCCUGUGAAUUUGAUGCAUAAGAUGAAUGACACUGAACUCUUCUGGAGAGCUUCUUUUGAUACGAGGAUCAAAGAUUAUCCGUUUCGAAGAGUUCCUAAGAUUGCAUUCAUGUUCUUGACCAAGGGACCCUUGCCAAUGGCACCACUUUGGGAGAAGUUCUUUAAAGGCCAUGAGCAGCUGUAUUCUAUAUAUGUUCAUUCGCUGCCAUCUUAUACACCUGAUUUUUCACCAUCCUCGGUGUUUUAUAGGAGGCAUAUCCCAAGCCAGGUGGCAGAGUGGGGAAUGAUGAGUAUGUGUGAUGCCGAAAGACGGCUGCUUGCUAACGCAUUGCUCGACAUCUCAAAUGAAUGGUUUAUCCUUUUAUCAGAGUCUUGCAUUCCUCUCCAGAACUUCAGCAUUAUCUACCGAUACAUAUCACGAUCAUGGUACAGCUUUAUGGGAGCAGUUGACGAACCUGGUCCUUACGGGAGAGGACGCUAUGAGGACAGCAUGGCGCCCGAGAUCAACAUCAGCGACUGGCGUAAGGGGUCUCAGUGGUUUGAAAUCAACCGCAAACUUGCCAUUCGAAUAGUUGAAGACAGCACUUAUUAUCCAAAGCUCAGAGACUUCUGUUUGCCGCACAAAUGCUAUGUUGACGAGCACUAUUUCCAGACGAUGUUAACCAUUACGAUGCCUCAUCUUUUGGCGAACCGGAGCCUCACUUAUGUGGACUGGUCGAGGGGUGGUGCUCAUCCGGCUACAUUUGGAAAAGACGACAUCAAGGAAGAUUUCUUCAAGAGAAUCUUGGUAGAUCAGACAUGUAUUUACAAUGGCCAGCCAACAUCCACAUGUUUCUUAUUUGCCAGAAAGUUUGCUCCUAAUGCUUUGGAACCUCUUUUAGAUAUCGCACCGAGAGUUCUAGGAAUUUGAAAAGGAGAUCAGUUUUCGUGGGCUACGUUUUACAGUGUCACCCAAUUAAAUUACAAGAAAGUGAGAAAUCGCGACAGGUAGUUAUGUAUGCCAAUGGCCGACACUGUCAGUAGAAACGAUGCCUGGCUUCGGCAGCGAAUCCUUGAAGCAGUGCUUCUGAUUGGAGCAUGUUAGUUAGCUAUAUCAGCUGACUCCAUCUUAGUCACAUGAUUGAUCUUUGUAUUGUUUCUAUAUGCUGCAGAAAUUUUGAGUUACCACUCCAGCCUUUAGGUGUGUAGAACAUUGAAUCUAAACCACAUUUUACACUAGUAUUAGUUCAAAAUAUAGAGUAGUGUUUUUAUUGGAUUACUUGUUAACUGAAUAAAUAUCUUAGCUUUCUUUUUUCUUUUUAA